AUGGACAGGGAGACGCGCGUGUUCGCGGAGAAGCACUUCCAAGGCUUACGGGAGCGUCUCCCAGGCAAGAUCUGCCGUACCCCAGACUGCGUGGACUUCAUCGAGAAACCAGAUGCCUUAUCCUACGCUGACUUCUUUAAGGGCUACCUGCUCCCCAACGUGCCUUGUGUUUUCUCCAGCGCCUUCACUGAGGGCUGGGGCAGCAGGAAGCACUGGGUGACACCCGACGGGAAGCCCAAUUUUCAUUAUCUGCUUCAGAAUUAUGGAGAUAUGCUUGUACCUGUUGCAAACUGUGGAGUACAAGAAUACAACUCCAAUCCCAAGGAGCACAUGCCCCUCAGAGAUUACAUCAGCUACUGGAAAGAGUACAUCCAGGAGAACUACUCCUCUCCCAAAGGCUGUCUUUACCUCAAAGACUGGCAUCUGUGCAGGAACUCUUCAGCAGAGAACGUGUACUCCCUGCCGGUGUACUUCUCAUCAGACUGGCUGAACGAGUAUUGGGAUGCCAUCAAUGUGGAUGACUACCGCUUCGUCUACAUGGGGCCCACAGGCACCUGGUCACCGUUCCAUGCUGACAUCUUCCGCUCCUUCAGCUGGUCCGUCAACAUCUGCGGGAGGAAAAAGUGGUUCUUGUUUCCACCAGGGCAGGAAGAAGCCCUGAGGGAUUGCCACGGUGGCCUGCCCUACGAUGUGACCUCACCUGCACUCCUUGACGUCCACCUGCACCCAUCACGUGCACACUGCAGCCCACCCCUAGAAGUCACACAGGAGGCAGGAGAGAUGGUAUUCAUACCGAGUGGAUGGCACCACCAGGUCCACAACCUGGAGGACACCAUUUCCAUCAACCACAACUGGGUCAACGGCUGUAACCUAGCCCCCAUGUGGCAAUUCCUACAGCAGGAGCUCCACGCCGUGCAGCAAGAGAUCAGCGAAUGGAGGGAUGCCAUGCCCGACUGGCAUCACCACUGCCAGGUGAUCAUGAAGUCCUGUUCAGGGAUUAAUUAUGAAGAGUUUUACCACUUUCUCAAGGUCAUCGCUGAAAGGAGAAUCCUCACCCUGGCAAAUGGGAUAGGCACUGGGAUGGCGGGGAGUGUCAGCAACACCGGGCUGAGCACCCAGCAGGCUCUUUUUGAUGUCAGUCGGAUCACUGAGGUGCUGGCAUCCUUGAUUGCCAACUCAGACUUCCAGAGAGUGGACACCAGUGCCUUCUCACCUCAGCCAGAGGAGCUCCUGCACCAGCUAGAAGAGGCCAUCACUACCACUGCAUCCCUUUAA